AUGGAGGUGACGCUGGAGUUCGGGGGAGGCCUCGAGCAGCUGGUUCGGGGAGAAAAGAAAAGAAUAAAAGUCUUUUUUUCCGAAAAGAGUCCGCGGGUGAAACUUUUUCAUUUAAUUUCUUUUGUGGCGCGGCGGCUGUUGGCGGCGCGGCCGGAGUCCUUCGCAGCUGCCUAUACACCUGAAGACGCUGGGGUGUAUGCGCAGCUGCAGGCGGACCGCCGCGCGCGCGGCGAAGUCGAAGGCGCCAUUUUCGAAACUUUUGGACUUUCUGGACUUGAAAAAGAGGAAAACUUGCGGGAAGUUGAAAACAAAACUUCUUUUUCUCCGCUUUCCGCGGAAACUCCGCGAAAUUCCGCAGCUUUCCACUCCUUUUCCACUCCCGACCUCCUCGCCGGCGCCAUGCAAACUGCCGCUGGAGUCCUCGCGCUCGUCAACGAAGUCGACGCCGAAGUCCUCGAGGGGCCGCUGACGCCAAUUGCCGACAAAGACACUGUCACCUUCAUCGCCACUCUCCACGGCGGCUAG